GAAUAUUCAUUGCCCUAUACACCACAGCUGACACAAUGCAACGAUCCCACCACUGAAUUCUAUGAAGAAGGACUAAAUAAAUGUUGCAGCCAGUGCCCUCCAGGUCACUAUAAGGCAGAGAGCUGCAGUCACACUGUGGACACGAGGUGCAGUCCCUGUAGACCCAACACCUACACAGCCAUCUGGAACAGGUCUCCUCAGUGCUUCGCCUGCUCACCGCCCUGCAGGAAAGGAUUUGUGCAGAAUCAAACAUGUACUAAGUCCCAGGACAGAAUCUGUAGCUGCCCACCCAACGAGUACUGUGUUUCCAAGAUAUUCGAGUCCUGCAAAAUAUGUCAAGUGCACAAAAAAUGUGGGAAGGGUUUCCGAGUUUCCAGAAGAGGGACAGACAGCACAGACACAGAGUGUAAGCCUUGCCCUCACGGCACCUUUUCACAUAAGGAAUCUUACGAUACCAGCUGCACACCUCACACAGUCUGUAAAUCAGUGGCUGUUCCUGGGAACAAUGUGAAUGACACUGUUUGCAGUGACUCAGGAACAGGAGUUGCCACAGUUCUACCUCACACUGUUCUGAACUUGCUCCUGACCCAAGGCUCAGCUUCCAACAAACCUGAAAUCAUAACUCGACCUGUCAUUCUAAACUCUGGACCUGACAUGUUGUACAUCAUUGGAUCAGUAGCAGGGCCGUUGCUAUUGCUCGUGAUAAUCACUAUUUUGGGGUAUUGCUUGGUCUCCAAAAAAAAAGUCCCUGUGUACUCCACACCAACUACAGAAGCAGAUUCGCCUUUUUCCCCUCCAGAAAAGCAGUGUGACAAAAAAGUAAGAAAUACAGGAUCACAGAACUCCAGCAGUUCUGAACAGGAAGAACAGCGUCUCUUGGAAACUUCUGGGUCCAGCAGUUGCUCCCUAAAUAAUCCAGCUGGAUCUGCAAGAGUCACUGUAAUAAGUAACCAGAACAAUGAAAAGAAAGAAACAGAAGGAUUUCAGCAGCAACAUUCUGCUGCAGAAGGUUACAAGCUUCACAGUGGAGACAGACACCACUCUGCAGGUUCAGAACAUUCUGGCAGCGCAGGGACACAGGUGAAUGUGACGUGCAUUGUUAAAGUGUGUAGCCCAGACUGCAGCUCCCAGCUCCCAGGACAGACCAGUUCAGCCAGCAUGGAUCACAGGCACACACCCAAUUUUUCCCCAGCAGGGGAAGAAAUCCCCUUUUCCAAAGAAGAAAAUCUCUUGAAAAAACAAACUGAAAUUCAGAUCUCAGUGGAAAAUGUGGACAAUUUUCAAGACGUACUUCCAGAAGAAAAGAAGUUUCCUCUGGGUGUUCAAGAUGGAGGGAUGAAAACCAGUUAA